AUGGCUCACCCCUCUCAUCCCUCUGGUUGGGGGGAGAUGACGAAGGGAGGGGGCCACCCACACCUCCACAACGGGGGCCAGACAGGGGGGUCCUACACAGCCACGCGCUAUAUGCAGAAGAAGCAGCACAAACACAGGGGCAGGUCCUCCUCACCCAUGGGCAGAGUCAUUCUUAUCAAUGCACCUGUUGAUGGUGGGGACGAUAGUGAAGAUAUUCACACAGUGACGGUAGAUAAGAGUCCAGAUGGGCGUCUGGGCUUCAGUGUCCGUGGAGGUUCUGAGCAUGGGCUUGGUAUAUUUGUCAGUAAGGUGGAGGACGAUAGCUCUGCAGAGCAGGCUGGCCUGUGUGUGGGCGAUAGACUGGUGGAGGUGAACGGGAUCAGUCUGGAGAGCAUCACUAUGAGCAGUGCCGUUAAGGUUCUGACGGGCAACAACAGGCUGAGGGUGGUGGUGAGACGGGUGGGCAAGGUCCCCGGCAUCCGGUACUCCAAGGAGAAGACCACAUGGGUGGAUCUGAUCCACAGACGAAUGGUAGUGGAGGAGAAUGGCCGCACACCGUCGGAGGCCAGCUCUGAUGGUGCUCUCCGCAGAAUUGUCCACCUGUACACCACAUCAGAUGACUACUGUCUGGGCUUCAACAUCAGGGGAGGCAAAGAGUUCGGCCUGGGCAUAUACGUCUCCAAGCUGGACCCUGGCGGGCUAGCAGAGCAGCAUGGCAUCAAGAUGGGUGACCAGAUCCUUGCAGCCAAUGGGGUGAGCUUUGAUGAUAUCACCCACAGCAACGCCGUUGAGGUCCUCAAGAGCCACACCCAUGUCAUGCUGACCAUCAGGGAAGCUGGAAGAUACCCUGCGUACAAGGAGAUGGUGGCAGAGUACAGCUGGCUCAACAAACUGGCCAAUGGGGGCCCUGCACCCUCCUCCCAGGGCUCUGACUCCUACUCCUCUGCCUCCUCGUUGUCUUCUGGCACCCCUCUCAGCUCCCUCAGUGGUCUUUCUCAGGUCCUCUUCCCUCCCAUCUUCAGCUCUGAGAUGGUAGAUGUCGCCAUCUCUACAGAGAACCGCUCCCAACGCUCAAGCAGCGUCGAGCGAACCACUACUGCCAUACAGACUGACCCUCGACCCCCAAACCCCCAAGACUACCCCUCCCCCCAUGAGUCAGAUGCCAGCAGGGCAGCUGCCACAGAAACUAGUCGGACUGUAGGUGCCACAGUGCUACUGAAGGACACGGUCAUACAUGGGAAAGGGGAAGGGCCGAGGGAAAUGGGAAGAACCGGGGAAGGAGGUCGAGGUAGGAUAAGGACGCUGUCGUUUGGGGACCAAGAAGUUUCAACAGACUCCCCAAAGACAGCUGUGCUGAUGGCUCUGAGCAGACCACGAAAGCCUAUCAGACGCUCUCAGAGCCACAUCACUGUGACAGAGGACAAGCGAAAGAAGAAGAAACAGCAGAAGGAGAGGGGUGCAGCAGAAGGUAAAUCCCCCCUUCAGCGCUCCAAAACCUUUGUCAACCUUCUGUUUAAGAGAGAUCGCAAGGAGAAGACUCGCUCCAAGUCACCCUCCCACCAGGCAGACAGAGACAAGGAGAGGGGUCGCUCCUUUCAGCUCUUGAGCUCCCCAAGAGAAAGCCGUGCAGGGAUGAGGGACAGCAGCCCCCUGCCUCCACCGGAGAGCGUGGAGCAGGUGGAGAGCAUGGCCAGGAACCUGCUGAGCCCGGAUGAGGUCAACGCUGUGAUGAGACACUGUCGCCAGUUUUUGUCAAACAAUGUGAUUGAGGACCUAGUGCGUCCCCUUCUGGCAAUCUUGGACCGGCCUGAGAAACUGCUUUUGCUCAGAGACAUAAGGAUGCUGAUCCCUGUGGCUGAGCUGGGCCGCUUUGACAGCAUGGUCAUGCCCUUUGAACUGGAGGCCUAUGACAUCCUGAAGAGUCGCUCUGUGCGUUCUCCGGCCCUGCGCUCCCCUCACAGUGGAACCCCCCGUCGCCACCUCAUCACCCCGAUCCCAGAGUACUCAACGUUCAUGGGGGGCAUCAUUGAUAAGGGCUAUGCCAUGAAGGUACCCAGCAAAGACCUCAGCCAUGAUGAUGGUAGAGUUUGGUACCUGUCAUAUCACGGGGUUUAUCACCCCAAGAAGCAGAAGAUCAGAGUGGUCUUUAAUUGCGGAGCAUCUUACCAGGGCACCACUCUGAAUGACCAGCUUCUACAGGGACUAAAUCUCACUGGCACUCUCCUUGGUGUCAUCACCAGGUUCAGGCAAGAGGAAGUGGCAAUGAUGGUCGACGUGGAAGCGAUGUUCCUCCAGGUUAAGGUGCCAAAUGAAUACUCUGACCUUCUCCGGUUCCUCUGGUGGACAUCAGGAGACAUCAGUCAGGAGAUGGAGGAGUACAAGAGGGUGGUGCACUUGUUUGGUGCAGCCUCAUCUUCGAGCUGUGCCAGCUUCGCCCUGCGGCAAUGUGCCGAUGACAGCAGAGAUCAAGCCAACGUCCAAGCAGUUGACGUGGUGCUGCACAACUUCUACGUGGAUGACUGUCUUAAAUCAGUCCACUCAGAAGAAGAGGCAGUGUUAGAGAGCUUUGGGAGUUCACUGGUGUACGACGGCUUCAGGUUCAAGAUCAUCAUACCAGACAAAGCGCCCAACAGGAGAAUCCUAUCCAAGUGUCAUGUUUGUCGACGCUCAGAUGGAGCUCCAGGGCAACAACAGAUGGCUACCUACCUCGAGACAGUCCUGCCAAACGAGUCUCCAUUUACCAACACUGGAGUGGACUACUUCGGCCCGUUUGAAGUAAAACGUGGAAGAAGUAUGAUGAAAAGAAGAGGCCAGGUAAAAAUCCUCCGCUCAGGCAAUGGAACAAACUUCACUGGAGCCCAGUGUGAGCUGAAGAGAGCCAUUGGAGAGUGGAAUAGCUCAAAGAUUGAGAACAUUCUACAUCAGAGUGGCAUCCAGUGGAGGUUUAAUCCUGCCACUGGCUCCCACCACGGAGGAGUCUGGGAGAGGUUGAUCAGGUCUGUAAGAAAGAUCCUGAGCACCACCCUUAAGCUACAGACACUCGACGAGGAGGACCUACACACCCUGUUAUGUGAGUCAGAGGCCAUCAUCAACAGUCGACCUAUAACCAAGGCGUCCAGUGAUCCAAAUGAUCUGGAAGCACUUACGCCUAGUCACCUCUUGCCCCUUAUCAGCUGUGCUGUUGUUGCUGCAGGGUAUGAGCUGGUUUCUGUGGACGGUGAGUCUCUGCAAGGAGCGACUCAUCAGCAUGCAGUGGACGUGAUACGACGUGCAUUUAGCAACAAGGCCAAAGACCCGAUGAUUUUUACAGUCAAGGUCCCCAAGGUCCCCACCACUGCCCCCACGAGCUCCAGCGGCUCCGCUGACUAACCUUGUCAGCCAGGCCUACAGCCAGACUGCAGACCAGGCAUGAAGGGCGAC